CUUAGACCAAGUUUCCUAGUAUGUAAUGGGAUUUCACGCAAGAUGAGGGACGAAACCUCUAUCUCUAUAGGAAGGCUCCUGUUGCUGCCGCUCCUCUUCUCCGAUCACGGCGUCAUGCCCGAAAAUUGUGUACUGACUUUUUACGCAAGGACAAGCAUUUCCUUCUCUCUCUCUCUCUCCCCCUCACGUAAGAAGAUAUCCCGCUUCAUGACUCGACUCGACUCGAGACGGCGCCUCGUUGGAACAUCAUCAGUGCUCCUUCUCACCAGCGUGGGCAAUCUUUGAGGAAGCGACGGGAGGAAUUCAAACAGCUUAGUCUAAGCGGCACAACACACGGCGCGGCUUUCUCUUCGAGAAGUCAGUCGGCCUUCGGAGUUUGCGACACUCAUUCAUCCCUCUCCACCGUCGUUGCCCGGCAGUAGUGCGAUUGUCCCUCUGCACCCUUCGACUUCUCUCUCUACGCAGAAUUGCGACUAGC